AUGGGUCGACUACCAAGGACUGACGACUUCCCGUCCAGCAUCAAGCUGAACAUCGUGCCGCCACCAGGCACAGACCCACCCACCAACAUCCUCCUCCUCCUCCACGGCCUAGGCGACACCCACGACUCCUUCACAACCCUAGCCAAACAGAUGUCCCUUCCCGAGACCGUCGGAAUUUCCGUCCAAGGACCCUCAGCACUUCUAGACUUAGGCGGCAAGCACUGGGGCGACGACAUCAUCUUCGACUCCACGACCGGCGGCCUUGAUCCUGAUGCGGGAUUCAAGCAGUCUACGAAAUUGCUGAGGGACGUUGUCGAGGAUGUGUUGGUUGGCAAGUGUGGGUAUGCCACAAGGGAGAUUUUGAUGUUUGGGUUUGGACAGGGCGGCAUGGCAGCGCUAGAACUAGGCGCAACCUUCCACACCACACCUCUCAGCGGCAUAAUCAGCAUCGGCUCCGGCCUCCCCACCACCUCCCCCGCCUCCCCGGACCCCAAAAGCAAAACCCCCAUCCUAGUCUGCGGCGGCUCAGACCAAAGCGCCGUAACGAGCACGACCGAAGACAAACUCAAGCGCGUCUUCGAGCACGUGGAGGUGAAGCGAUAUCGCAAACCUGGCGAUGCGAUGCCGGCGAAUCGCGAUGAGAUGAUGCCGAUUAUGGAGUUUUUCUCGAGGAGGUUGAGGAGUGGGAAGGGAGUGCCGGAGGGGGCUGUUGAGGUGAAGUGA